UUUGCUGCCUGACUGCGUGAUACAGAAAAUUCCCUGCUGACAGCAUAAACGAGACGAAAAGGGUGAGGAUGUGCGAAGGAUUCGGCCAAGGCCCGCUCAGUCGCUUCUCGGCUCGCUAUAUGAGUUCCCUGCCAGCCAAAUUCUGGCAGGGCGGGCCGGGAACGAGGGUCGCAAGCCACUUGACUCUCUUUUUUCUUUCAACAAUCCCACGCUCAUUCCCUUUCCUCGAGGAAUUCAGAGGUUCAGUGUGGAGCUACUGCUCCUACUAUGCUGCUCCAUCAAAGUACAGCACACGCGGCGCGUAUACCUUCACAUGCCAAAUACGUUGCGCCCAGAGGAGAAUUUGUGCCUUUCUCUUAGUCUAUCGACACUGCAUCAUUUAGACACUGGCUGUGCUGGGUAUUUGCUCAGCAGAAAGCCGCAGGGGGUGUUUUCCAACAACUCAAUAGUGUGAAGCUGCUGUUACGACCGAGCGAGACAAAGGUCCAUCGUAUCAUCACGCAAGCAUUGGAGGCGAACCUCCAUCCCGUCCUGAUCAUGACUGCCGCGGGCUGGCCCCUGGGGUCCCUGAAGGCUCUCUCACAUAUGGUUCAGAGUACUCCAAGGCGAUUCUUACGACUUUCUGUACUCGUGACAGUCACCUUGCUGUUCCUAGUCUUCCUCCUGAAACCACGAGCCUCCACUUCCCAUCAUCCGCCCUUUGAGCCUCCCGCUACCAAUAUCAUUGUUCAUGGAGAUCCUGUCGACGGCAUCCCGGAGCCAUCGUACAGUUUGAUACCUUUCCCUGAUUCUCCAAGGCAGUCAUCUACGAGCUCUCCCGAUGCAUUUGACAGUGUCCUCGAGUCCUUUGUGCCACGCCCGUGGCUCGCUGCCGUCAUUUGCUCAGUGGGAGAUUUCGCGCGCCGCAGGCUGAUACGUUCGACUUGGAUGUCCUUGUAUCGCAAUAUUCCAUUCGACGGCCGCUUCGUGGUGGCCAAUCCAGGAUCGCAAUGGACCGAAGCCGUCGCAGAGGAGAAUAGGACAUAUGGCGACAUGAUUGUGCUGGAGAACAUUGCGGAAGACGAUAUAACGGCAAACACAGUCAAGACUUUGGAGUUCUACAAAUGGCUGGUUAGCCGAAGUCCACGCCGAUAUGAGUUCGUGUCCAAGAUGGACACGGAUGUUUGGCUCAAUGCCCAUGGCUUCUGGAACCGGUUCCUCCUACCACAAAUGGGCAGGAAGGCAGAGACUUUGGGGUAUUCGAGAAAAUCAAAUCGCACAGUUAUCGGCGAGCUUUACUGGUCAGAGACAUACGACCUCGUUUUCCCCCACGGCGCAAUGUACACCGCUAGCUGGGACAUGGUGGAACUACUCGCAUCAUUGCAAGAGCAAUUCAACGUCCUGACCGGAGAGGACAUGGCAGUUGCAGUCCUGCUGCUUAAAAGCAAGACACUGGUCAAUUUCAUCAAUUUCAGAGGGAGUGAGAAGUUCGACUUCGACGAGGGGGAUACUCGGGGAGACGGGACGGCUUGGGCAAGACCUGAGACCCACCCCGAUGCCACUUACCAUGCCCUUGUAGCGGGCAGUAAUCCCAUUGCCGUCCACCAGCUCAAAAGUGAGGAAAGCUUCCUCAAGGUGGCCGAGUGCUUCGAUGAACAAGGGGCGAAGUCGGGGCCUGGGCUGGAGGAAUCUACUGGUAUUUCGAGACAAUUGUCGUGGUCAACAAGCUGGCAUGACUUCUGGACUUCCAUUGGCCUUUCUGGUCAGUAUGACUCAAGAUUUGACAGAAUACCAGACUCACUUUGGUCUCAGGAGGACGGAAAUUGGAUAUGUGAUGGCAUUUGGGACUUGGGCAAAACUAAAGAGGGCCAUGUUGAAGGCUAACCUGAUUUAAGCGUCGAGCAGGACCACCUUACUACUAGUAUCUCAGUCGCGAUAUUUAAAAUCAAACCAUGACUAAUUAACCUAAUUUCUAUAAAGAACCAGAGUCAAUCUUCG